AUGAGACGUUUGGCUUUACGACGACCCGAGACUUUUACGGACAAGUACCGUCUCUUAGGCAAGAUUGGAGAAGGUACAUAUGGGAUGGUAUUUAAAGCUGAAGCGUAUUCUUCUGCAUUACUACCAUGUCCUUCAUCAAGUGGUGUGUCAAUUGCUGCUGAAGAUGAAGAGCCCAUGACGUUUGCUAUAAAACUGGUUAAAUCUCAUAAAGAAGGAAAGAAUGAUGUGGUUUUAUCAAGUGCUACAGUUCGAGAAAUUAAAUUACUGCGAGAAUUACAUCAUGAUAAUGUGGUCCACCUCCAUGACGUUCAUGUUGAUCCACGGGACAAGUCACUGGCUCUCGUGUUUGAAUAUGGAGACCAUGAUUUGCAUGAUAUUAUUGUACAAAGUAAACAAAAACCAUUGGGAGAAUAUACGCGGAAGUCACUCAUGUAUCAGAUUCUAAAAGGUGUGGACUACAUGCAUGACGCAUGGGUGAUGCAUCGAGAUAUGAAACCACAGAAUAUUCUUGUUGUCGGUCAUGGACGUAAACGAGGUCAAGUGAAAUUGGCAGAUUUAGGUUUGGCACGUAUAUACAAGGAACCAAUUAAGGCAUUAUCAGAUGUGGAACGUGUCGUCGUAACACUUUGGUAUCGUGCUCCAGAAUUAUUGCUGGGUGCAAAACAUUAUACAAAAGCAGUGGAUCUCUGGGCUGUUGGCUGUAUUUUUGUCGAGCUGAUUAAUACUCGUGAACUAUUUUGUGGCAAAGAAGUGGAAGGAUCGAAUGCCCCAUUCCAGAAGGACCAAUUGGAUAAAAUCUUCAAAGUGCUGGGAAUGCCAACGCCGCAGACAUGGGAAGGACUUGAGAAUUUGCCAGAGUAUAACCAUGUUGUGCAAAUGGGACGUGAACGCAAGUACCCGACGCAGUCGGAGCUGAAGAAUGCUGUCAAAGUUGGUCCAGGUCGAGCUGGAACAGCUUUGCUUGAUCUGCUCUCGAGAUUGCUAGAAUAUGACCCUGAAACACGCAUUACGGCAAAGGAAGCGCUAGAGCACGAGUAUUUCAAGGAAAUUGAGCCUGAACCGCGGGACUGGGCAUUUGACGAGCCUGGCAAGGAACCUGUUUCUUUUCGCACGCAGACUGUCGAGCCCGUAGCUGAAGAAAGUAUUCCGUGGAAAACUAAGAAAGAUUGUGCACCUGGAGCUGAGGCUAAGCCGUCUAAGAAACUUGGAGCCAGCAGUCCUCACCGAGAAGGUUCUGGCAGCCGGUCAUCGCAGCACCAGAAUGAUCACCGCGGACGUGAUGCUCACUCACGAAGCCGCAGCCACCAUAAUUCACGAGACGUGCAGCAACAGCCCCAGCGGCGCAACGAUCGCAGCAACGUAGGAGAUGGUAAUAACUCACGAGAUACUCGAAACAGAGGAGCACUGGCUGGAGGAAAUGCGCAAGGUGCAGGUGGAUCCGCUUGGAGAGACCGAGGGCCCGGUCGAGCAGGAGGAGCUGCAGCCCCUCACGCUGGUUCUGUGACUGGAGGUAAACGACCAGGUGGUGGUGAACGACCCAGCAGUGCUUCUAAUACAGGAAGACCUCGAAGUCCUAAGCAAUCAAGACGUCGAUAA